AUGCCAGAGCUUGGUGGCGCCCUCAACAUGCAUGCUGGAUGGACAGGCGGGCAGUUUUCUGUGGUUCGGGCUGCGGUUGGGUUGCAUCUUCUCGCUCUUGCCUGCGUGGUGGCGUCGGGCGGUUCGCAGGAGGCGUCCAACUCGGCGCCGUCAGGUCUGCUUGCGGCGCUCGUCUCGCCGGGCCUGGUUGCGCUCCUCCUGGCGGCAGCCGCAGUUGGGGUGGUUGUCGGAGUGGCGACUCGUCCGCUGGCGGUGGCGUCUGGCUGUGUACUGGCGUGGUGGGCAGACAGGCGGGCGACGGCGGCGGUGUUCCCGUGGCCGCCGGCACAGGCUGCGGGCCUGCCUCCGCUGAUGCCGACGCUGGCGGCGCUGGCAGCCCUGGCUGCCGCCCGUGGCGCACCGUACGGCUCUUGGCCGGCACGGGUUCGUGUUGAUCCGCGUGGGGACUUUUCUGUUGCUCCGGCGAGCACUGUGCUGGCCUGGGCGGUGGUGGUGAUGGCGUACGCCAACGGGCUCCUGGCCAUCGCUGCUGCUUGGCCGGGGGGAGACACGCCGCUGGGACUGCGGGCUCUGGGCAGCCCGCUAGGCGGUUUGUUUCUGGCCGGCGUUGCCGCGCUCGCGGCGCCAGUCACUCGUGCCGCAAUCUGGCACGCCUCGUUUGUGGCGCAGAUUGCGGCGGCGGCACUCGCGGCGUCGGGUAUCGACGGCAGCACCUCGCUUUCGGGCUUGGGCGCGAGCCUCGGCCUUGCCAUUCUCCAUCUUGUUGCCUUUGAGCCUCAAUGGGUGCCGGCGUGCGCUUGUGCGCCGGUGGCGCCGGGCUCCACCGCCCGUGACCGGGUCCUGUAUGAUGGCGAUUGCGGGCUCUGCCACCGAUUCCUCCGGCUGGUCAUGGCCGAGGCGCAGCGUUCAACGUUGCCUUUUGUCUUUACCCCACUCCAGUCGCCGCUGUGCAAGCGGCUCGUCCUUGACUCGGGCCUGUAUGACGAGGCCAAGGCUGGGCCUCUUCCGGACUCGGUCCUAGUGGUCACCGCCGAUGGGCGCCUGCUGAUGAAGUCAGCGGCAGCGUUCUAUGUCAUGCAGCGUCUUGGUGGCAUGUGGCGGGUCAUCGGCGAGCUGGGUAUGCUGCUUCCACAGAACCUCCGCGACUUUGGCUACGAGAGCGUCGCCUCAGUCCGCCACAUGCUCUUCGCCAAGCCUAAGACCGGCGCCUGCCCGCUCCUGCCCAAGCCUUAUCGCUCUGCCUUUGACCUCGGUGACGACUUUGGCGUGUAAACCAUUUGUCUCUGCUCC